GCCUAUUGCAUUAACUUGAAGAAACUAAAAUUAAAUUAAUUCACCAGAGCUGAACUAACCUUACAGAAGCUAAGAAGAAAAUAAAAAGUAAAUAAAAAAAUCUGUAAGAUCUGUUAGAAUUUUGCAGGAAAAUCAACUGCGGUCGUUUGGAAUUUAAUUACUCUAAAGGUGAGGAGAGCAGCUUUAAUUGCAAAGUAACUUUAUUAAAUAUGGAGGCCAAUGGAAAAGGAAAACUGGACGAACUACCUGAAUGCGGGGAUCUAGCGAAAAUUAAUGAUACAGGUGAAUCUAAUGAACUCAUCGAUCCUAAUCGGGAUAUGUUUAAGGAGUUGUGCGAGUUUUGUAAGAGCCAUGAUAUGCCGUAUCCGGUUUUUGAAAUUGUUGAACAAAACCGAAAUCCGAAUGCUCCCAAAUUCGUGGCAUGCUGUACACUUACAUCAAUUAAACGUUAUGGCAUUUCAGAUAAGAAAAAGGAAGCACACCAGAAGGCCGCCUCUGCAAUUUUGAGUGUGGUUUCCAAGGAUGCAGAUAAGCUAUCCGAAUCUAACGGUGUAAAACUGGUUCCCAUUGGCACCGCAGAAGAUGAAGAAUCCGAGGGACGUGAUGCAUUUGAAACAUACAAAAAAUUAAUCCAACCAAAAACCAAACCCAAAUCGGGUGAGAUGCUACUGUGUGAUCGUCACAAUUUUUUCAAGAACUUUCCCCAGGAUCUCAAAUUAGCUGCCUUUGAGAUCCUUGAUCGUUCUAAUGAUAAAAAUUAUCCUGACGUAAAACAAAGAGCUCUUAAAGUUAUGAGCGCUUUGAAGUUAAACCACAAGAUUACCCCUAUGCCCUCGCGCAGCGUUAAGCCAAUAUUGAUGCUAGAGUUUGAUUGCGAAUAUGAUGCUGUCUUGAGCGGUUAUGAGUCAGAUAUCUAUGCUCAAGUUAUACAAUAUUUUCGUGAUAUGUUAGAUUAACCUAUGAAUAUUUGAUGAUUGGGCCUAAUAAAAUCUGCUAAGCUGUCGUCCAUUAAA